AUGUCGAAGGAAAAUGACUCGCUCCAGGAAGGCUCGGCCAAUUCCAAUACGAGAGAAUCUAGGAGACUGUCGCUGUGGCACAUGUCGAUCUCGACACAUACUUCCCCCAGCCCCGACGUUGCCGUUCAAGGAGGACGAGGCUCCGAGAAAUCCUCCCCCAACGGAGCCGCUCUCAUCUUGAGCGACGUCCUUAAGGAUGGGUUGUCCCUUGGAGAUGCGCCAGAAGAUGCACGCUCCUGGCUUGUGGGGUUUGGAGACCUCAAACCGGGAACAGACGUCUCUCGCAGAUUUCUGGACCUCCGGGAAGACCAUCAUGACGAUCAAGGCGCCGUCACGUUACUGUCGCUGCUGAUCCAGUGGGUACCUCUGUGGUCGCAAAAGGCAGAGAAGGUUCGAAAGGAGAACAAGGGCUCGAAGUCUGGAUCUCUCAGAGAGCAGAAGAACCUUCAUUGGUUGCUCCAGUAUAUCUGCGACUACCUGGAGCUGGGCCACUCUGGUUUUGAUCCGCUGGAGUUAUCCCGUGCUGUGGACACUGUCACUACUCUCUGUCUCAAUGCUAGCCGUCACAGCGAUAUCAAUGGAGGCCUAAAUAUCCUGUACACCAUAAUGUCCCGCUUUGAAUAUCCGAGAAGUGGGCUCGACCAGACUCUCGUGGUUUUGUGUGCUUCUGCUGCAAACCUAUCCGAAGUGCCUGACCACCUAUUUGACUGCGCGCGGAUAUUGGCUGCUGGUGACCUGCAACAAGACGUCGUGAGGAUACUCUAUGCCUUUGUACGAACUCCCACCUUGAGCAACAAAAGCAAAAAUCUUUCCCAUGCUCGAGGUGCUACUCGGCUCUUGCGGAACCUUAUCGACGACCAACACAAUAGGGGUGGUUUCAUAGUCUCCUUGGGAGACUUUUUAGAGCAAUUACACUCUGCUGCACAGCAAGGGAUCUUCCGAUUUGGCUAUGAUAUCCUCAGCUCCUUGCAUGGGAUCCUCGCCAGCAAUCGCCCAAAGUCCGAAAUCGCAGCCAUUGACUUUACCAAAGCCGUGGAUAUUAUCAGACUCUGUUUGCAAACAACCCCUUCCGGUCAUCCGCAAACAAAUGUCCUGCAGGCCACGUCGCCACGAAUCAACCCUCAAGAGGACGACAAGGAUCGCCAAUAUGAACGUCAUUUCCGAGACCGAGAGGCUAUGACCAAACGGCUCUCCCACGAUUUCAUGAGAAUAUGGGAUUUGUUACCCCUCCAGGAUCGAGUUGCCGUCCACGAACUGUUCCUGAUGUUUCCGCAAUAUGCCGGCCAGGCUCAGUUGACAAUGACUCUGGACUACGCAAGGGACAAAUAUCUGGCGUCUGAGGACCAUGACAUCAGGAUGCAGUAUUCGGAUAAAGUCUACAAUGAUAUUGUUCUGAACCACUCCCUACCACCGGUCUGUCGACUGAAAGGUAUCGAAGUCCUCGUCCAGGCCAGCCACUGCGCUGUUAGCGCGUCUCCCGAAGCCAGCACAGAGUCCCAUGUGGCAUAUACAUGGAUUUGCGACAGGUUACUCGAUCAGAUCGAUGUUGAGCGCGACCCCCAAGUCUUCGAAACGCUCCUCAAAUCGUUGGACUACAUGGCAUCAACCUAUCUAGAGGCUGCGGAGGCACAGGUCUCAACCCUUCGGACGGUGGAGAAGCUGCACACACUGAUUGUUGAGGGUCCCGCAGGAGUUGCUUUCAACGAUGAUCUAGCAAUUUUGGCGACCAAAGCUCUCGUGACUAUUUUCGCUUGCAGUAUCCACACCGAUGCCAAAGCCGCUGUCAAAGCCUUUGAGGUCCUGCUGGAAGCGGCCAGUGUGCGCUGCAAGUCCCGACCUGCUCGUCUCGUGUCGAAACGCCUCAUCUUCAGGGUGCGAGCUGAUGACGCUGGCUUCGUCUAUAUCACCCCUUCGAGCGAAAGCCAGCGUAUCGCCAGUGCGCUUGUACGCACGCGAGAUUCCGCUGAAGCUUUCAACAGUGAACUUCCUGCUUCGCAAAGACAUUCAGCUAGCAGCAGCAGUUUAUCGAACAGAUCGGACGUUGGCGACCCGUUGUGGAUGUAUCCAGACACCGAAGAUGUCUCUUACCCACUCGAGGGCCGAGCAUCCCGCGUCCUCAAUGUUGACAAAAGCGCAUACCCUUAUGUGCAAGCAGAGCUCGAUAUGGACACAUGGCUCAUGAGCAUCAUACGGUGCCUGCAAGCUGACCAGGAUUGGGAGACUUACGGCUACACCGUCGUUCAUACUGCGGCUCAGUUGAGCAACGUUGCCCUUUUCCUCAACUCGAUCCAAGCUGUCAUCAAGCUCCGCCAAGUGUUGUGUGAACAGAUUGUCAACAAUACCUUUCGAGAGCCACCCGCGUCGACUGGACUGAAGAAAUCCGACGUUGCCUUGUGCAUGUUCAACAUUUUAGUUCCCUUGAUCCCUUAUGCUACAAUGAAAUCUGAGGCCAUCCAGAAGGGUUUUGGAGAUGACCUUGUUCGAGCCUUUCUUUCCGGUAUUGGCGGAGCUUGGGAAGGCACAUCGCGUGGCUGCAUCCAUGCACUGUCCCUCUGCAGCCUUGAAAUCCCUUCUUCGGUUGCGACUUUGUAUCCCACCAUCAUUGAUAAGAUGUCUAAGAAUAUGACACAGACUCAUCUCACCACACACAUCCUGGAAUUUCUCAUCCAGGUUGCAUUGUUGCCAGAAAUGCACUCCAACCUCAAUCCAGAUGAGAUCCAAAUAAUAUUUGGAAUUUGCAUUCAGUUCCUGGAGAAGACGAGAGAGCAGCAGCACUCGUCAGUGACUUCGCCUCCCGGAAGAAUCAAUCCGGCGUCCAGACACAGUGGAAUGAAUUUCCGUCGCCCCCCAUACCGAGCGGUCAUGUUGGCUGACACUGGAUUGCCUCAAUAUGCUGCCGCAUUGGCCUAUCACAACAUGAUCUUUUGGUUCUUGUCCCUUCGCCUGGACAUCAGAGCGAAAUAUGUGCCAUGGAUUAUUCCGAGACUCGUCUGGAAGAAUGCACGUGGGGAAGAGACCAUCGACGAACAGAGCCAAGUUCUGAUCGACAUGAUGCAGAGAACAGCAUUCUCUGACCUCGGAGAAACAUCACCAGACCACGACUUUGCGACUCCUAAAGAUGGACCAGUCUCAUCUGCUUCCUGGAUCGUCGGUCUGAGUAUCGUGACCGCGCAGACAGCCGGACACACGGGGAAGACGCAGAUAACCAAGCGCCAGGCUUCGGGUACUACAUAUGCAAGGUAUCAGCAACUCACUGCACCGUUGCCAUCUCACCACCGCCCGGGCUAUACUGAGAUUCGCCAUCAAGAAGCCACGACGCGAAUCCUCCCGCCGCAUGUCAUCCUCCAAAUGGUAGCUAGUGCGGCAACACCGACUGCAGCCGACCAACCGUUACUUCUACCUCAGGAGGACUUUGUCCAACGCGCCCUUGACAGCUUUGAUCGCAUUCCCACCGUUACCAGCCACAAGAUUGGUGUGCUUUACAUUGGGCCUGGACAGACUGCUGAGUCCGAAUUUCUUGCCAAUACAAGCGGCAGCCCCGACUUCGACCGUCUUCUCGAUAGUCUCGGUUAUGUUGUAUCACUUGAGCCACCGCUCAACUUCAAUCCUCAAGGCCUGGAAUUCCCUCGAGACGGCACACAUAGCAUAGCGUGGCGAGACCGAGUGGAAGAGAUCAUUUAUCAUGUACCCACCAUGAUGCCAACAGAUCUCGAGGACGAUCCGCAAUGUAUCACCAAGAAGUCGCAUGUUGGCAACUGUCACGUCAACAUUAUUUUCAACCGAUCUGGCCUUGAAUGGGAGUUUAACAACUUCAAGUCGCAACUAAACUAUGUGAAUGUUGUGAUCCGACCAGCCUGCCGCGACCGAGAAACUCCAGAUCCAGAUUUCAUGCCGGGCUUCUAUUGGGUUCGGGUGGUUACGAGAGACGAUUUGCCAAACAUAUCGCCUGCAGCCGAUCCCAAGAUCAUCUCGGCUGCCCAGCUUGGCCCCUUUGUGCGCACUCUGGCGCUGAAUGCCAACAUGUUUUGCCAGACGUGGAACACGAAAGACGACGACUUUGAAUUUCCCAGUGCGUGGAGGGCCAGGUUUCAACAGAUCAAAAGACUCAAAGAACGCGUGACGAUUAAAUCAGGUGACAAGCAGGCACCGUCAGCUGCCCCAGUCAUGGCCACCAGCAGCAUCGCGCCGGGCACAUCAAGCGGUAGAAGGACUCCAGUACCCCGGGAGAAGGACGGCACUCUGGCGUCCCAGCUAGACUUUAGCUCGUGGACCAUCUGA